GGAGAGGUGACAGAGAGGACGUCGGUGCCGACAGUCGACGGCGGCACGCGGACCGACGGGGACGGUGGAUCCGGUGCCGACGGGACCCGGAGCACGAGAGCGAUGACGUCGGACGUGAUGUGCGACUUCCCGAUCAUCGACAUCAGCGAUCUAGCUGAGCCGCAGGAGACGCCUUCUGUCGAGGUGCUGCUGGCUGUCGGACGAAGAGUGGUGGACGCUUUCCAGCGGUCCGGCUUCGUCUACCUGCGAGGUCACGGCAUCGACGCCAGCCUUCAGAGGGAAACCUUCGCCGCCUCGCGAGACUUCUUCGCGCUCGACGAGGCGUCGAAGCGGCGUUUUGCGCGUUUCGAGAAGACGGGCUUCAACGGUUACACAGCUGUGGGAGGGGAGAACACUGGACGACUGACGGAGGCUGAUCUGCUGGAUUUGAAGGAGUGCUACGACUUUCAGGUCAUCGGUCAGGACUACCCGGACUCGGUGCUGCCCGGAUUCUGCCAGCAGCUGGAGCAGCUGGCCAGGGCCUGCUGCCUGCUGAGCGGCCGGCUGCUGGCAGCCGUGCAGGAGGUGCUGCUGGACCAGCAGCCGGCGGCUGACAGCCAGCAGCAGGCAGCCGAUCCUCAGCAGCAGCAGCAGAUGAACGGUAACCAAGAGGAGACUGAUCAGCGCCAGAUCUCCAGCGACCUCUCUGAUCAUCCGUCGCAGUCAGACUCCGAUAAACUCCAGACUGAUCUUCAGGCGGUACCGGACCCUCCUCUGACCACCACAGAGCCUCCCGUGACCACCAGUGAGCCGUCGCUGACCUCCCGCGGCCCUCUGACCUCUGCCCACCGGCGGAUGCUGGUGCCGGGCGGCUGCUCGGCGCUGAGGGUCCUCAACUACCCCCCGGUACCGGAGGGUGCUGCCGAGGCCGGCGCUGUCCGCUGUGCGCCUCACACCGACUACGGCAGCCUGACGCUGCUCUUCCAGGACCAGCUCGGAGGACUGGAGGUGGAGUCGGCUGACGGCGGCUGGCGUCCGGCUCCCCCUCUGGAGGACGCCAUCCUGGUCAACGUCGGUGACCUCAUGGAGGUGUGGUCCUCUGGCCGUCUGCGCGCCACCAAACACCGGGUGGUCGUGCCCCAGCAGGAGCUGCUGCGCCGGCGCGCCCGCCAGUCGAUCGCGAUGUUCGUCGAUCCCGACGAUGACGUUCUGGUGCGCCCUCUGGACGACGACAAGCGGUUCGCGCCGGUCAACUGCGGCCAGUCGCUGCGGGAAAAAUUUGCCAAGACGUACCCGGCGUUUGCCGAGUGGCAGCGCUCGAGAUGUGAGGAGGAUAAGAAGGCUAGGGUGGAGUAGUGAAUUCACUCACAGCAUAGACAGGAGGAUUAUAUGAGGCUGCGAUAUAUCACUCCCGUUGAUGGAGAACUGUUGGGUUGCAGAUGCUGUUUCCGAGAGCUGCAGCUGUGUUUGUAUUUGGGGCUCACCCCACGGGAAUGACUUACUCCGUCUGAACAGCGAGUAGCUGGACGAACAACACACAGGUGUUACUAGUAGCUGGACGAACAUAUACCCAACACACGGGUGUUACUAAGUGUGAGAAUGUGGAGCUCUGGAUGCACUAUCUCCUUUCGUAUACUUCAGUGCGAGUACAGACAAGGUAGCACCAUUUUUCAUCAAUCGGUAGUUAGCAGUGGACUUUCAUAGGCAGUAUAGCCAGUAUGGCAUGAAGUAGUUCGGAAGUUAUCUGCAGUAGUUGCCAGUUGGCCGGAACGCUCGUUGUAUUUACGGCUUAGAUAGGUACGGCUGCCAUUUUUGUUGCUCAUGUACGGUUUUGCACAUCAUAGUUUUACAUUACUUGGAUAGGUUAAGGAUGUAGGCUGUAUUUUCAGAAUAUACGAUAUCAAAGAUAA